AUGAAACCACACUUGAAGCAAUGGAGACAGCGAAUGCUUCUGGGGAUAUUCGCCUGGGGGCUCCUCUUCGUGGUCAUCUUUAUCUACUUCACCGACGGCACCCCGGCCGAGCCCGUGCCCAGCGCCUUCUCCUUCCUGGAGACCCAGAGGCUCCUGCCCCUGCAGGGGAAGCAGCGGGCCAUCAUGGGCGCCCUGCACGAGCCCGCCUGGCUCAGAGGCGCGGACGCGAACCAGGCGCUGCCCCGCGGACGCCCGGUGGCCUCCUUCCAGGCGGGCCCUGAAGACCCCCGGAAGGGGGGCCGGGCGCACGGCAGGUCUGAGAAGGGAGAGCUGUUUUCAUCCCAGGUUGGGAGAAGAUCCCAGAGUGCUUUCUACCCGGAGGACGACGACUACCUUGUCGCUGCCGGUCAGCCAGGGUGGCCCAGUCACUCUCAGGGGACAGCGGGAGGGGCUUCCCCGGGGCAGCCGGGCCUGCGGGAGGGGCUGAGCCAGCUGCACCCGCGCGGCCUGAGCAGCUGCGCCGUGGUCAUGUCCGCGGGCGCCAUCCUCAACUCCUCCCUGGGCGAGGAGAUAGAUUCUCAUGACGCAGUUUUGAGGUUUAACUCUGCUCCUACACGUGGUUAUGAGAAAGAUGUUGGGAAUAAAACCACCGUGCGCAUCAUUAACUCCCAGAUUCUGACCAACCCCAGUCAUCACUUCAUUGACAGUUCAUUGUAUAAAGACGUCAUUUUGGUGGCCUGGGACCCUGCUCCUUAUUCUGCAAAUCUUAACCUGUGGUACAAGAAGCCAGAUUACAACCUGUUCACUCCAUAUAUUCAGCAUCGUCAGAGAAACCCAACUCAGCCAUUUUACAUUCUUCAUCCAAAAUUUAUAUGGCAACUCUGGGACAUUAUCCAGGAGAACACGAAGGAGAAGAUUCAGCCAAACCCACCGUCUUCUGGUUUCAUUGGAAUCCUCAUCAUGAUGUCUAUGUGCAGAGAGGUGCACGUGUACGAAUACAUCCCGUCGGUGCGGCAGACGGAGCUCUGCCACUACCACGAGCUGUACUACGACGCAGCCUGCACCCUGGGCGCGUACCACCCACUGCUCUACGAGAAGCUUCUGGUGCAGCGUCUGAACACGGGCACGCAGGCAGAUCUGCACCGCAAGGGCAAGGUGGUCCUGCCGGGCUUCCAGGCUGUGCACUGCCCUGCGCCCAACCCAGCCCUUCCACCCUCUUAAAGAAAAGCCUCUUAGGAGUCCAUGUGCAAUAAGGUACUACUGUCGUCCUCGGAGUCACAAAAAGAUACUUGAAGAUAGAUUUUAGGCCAUGUAGUUUUGAGUCUUUAAACUGUAAUUUAGUGGUGGUCACGAGAAUUCUUCUCUUUCUAAGCCAUUGAGUAUUUAUGCUUUGAAUACAGAAGUGGAAUUUUAAAAGAUAAAUAAUGCUCAAGAAAGAUGAAAAAAAAAGAAUAGCUAGAAAGAAAAUAAAGGUAGAACCGUGGGUGUGAUACCUCCAAAACUGUUGGCCUUUUCCUAUGCCAUAAGGUUCCCACCAUCAGGCUUGGUUUCAAUCACGGGGUUUGGUGAUUUCUCCUGAUCAUAUGAAAUGGUUUCUAUCUAGAAACACCCAAAUCGAGGGACAGUACCUACAGCAAUUAGUAUUUCACUUAUAUAGGCACCCAUCAUUAAUUGUCCUAGAUGUUAUGGCUAGCAUUUGAAUGAUCACUCAGAUGUGUUCAUUUUAACAAUAAACAUCGCAGCACAUCCUACAAGGGUCAUUGCACUCCACAUCUCUGCCCUCCCAUUGCCCACUGAAUACUCUGUUCUCUGUGCAGCAAGACAUAUAUCUAAAACCACAAAACACCCAUCUUGAGGGGUCCAAGGAAAAGCCAAAGUCUUACAGCACCGCAGAGGAGGCACUUUGUUUCCCUGCAGUAUCUCGUGGCUUGACCAGGAAUGCUAGGAUCACACAGGGCAGAGUAUCACUGGCAAGGAAUCCAGAGCCACGGGCUAGAGGGUGGCCCUGGACGCUCCCCAGUUCUGGCUCUUCUGUCUUGUGCCUCCUCUCCUGCAGGACCACCCCACGGCUCUUCAUAGCUAGUGACAUAUGUGGCCAUGGGUACAGCUCUGCAGGGGGGAAAGUGGAAGAUACUUUACUACUGCCAACCAAGAAGGAAGGACCUAAGAGCCAUCACCCUGUGUGCUCCUGGAGGUACACACCUGUCCCUUUUCUAUGGAUUUUUUCGUAGGUUUUUAUCAGCUGUUGGGAACAUGACAGCGAUGUGCUCUGAAUUUUUGCUAACUCUGCCUUCAGAUAAACACUUGGGAAUUUGAUCCUUGUUUUCACAGAUAUGUUUUAUGUCAGCAGCAUGACAAAGCCAUAUAAUUAAAAGACAUUGUGUGAA